UUUGCUGGCGACCUGUGCUGUCUAUUGUGUUUAUGUUGAGCUCUUCACGGUUUUCUGCUGAAUGAAAACGGCAUUCACGUAGAAACAAAUCCUUAACAUUUCGUGAAUAUGGACUGGUAAACAUUUUUAAAUAUUAGGACACUUCAUGCAAAUGAAAAAAUGAAUAAAGGGUGGCUGGAGCUCGAGAGUGAUCCAGGCCUGUUCACUCUACUUGUGGAAGAUUUUGGGGUGAAAGGUGUCCAAGUUGAGGAAAUCUAUGAUCUUCAAAGUAAAUGUCAAGGUCCUGUUUAUGGCUUCAUCUUCCUGUUCAAGUGGAUUGAAGAACGUCGAUCCAGACGGAAAGUUAAUACUUUGGUGGAUGAGACCUCAGUCAUUGAUGAGGAAAUAGUAAAUGAUAUGUUUUUUGCUCAUCAGCUAAUACCGAAUUCGUGUGCCACCCACGCAUUGCUGAGUGUUCUUCUGAACUGCAGUGGAGUUGAGCUUGGCACCACCCUCAGUCGUAUGAAGGAUUUUACAAAAGGCUUUAGUCCAGAAAGCAAAGGUUAUGCAAUAGGAAAUGCUCCCGAGCUUGCCAGAGCACACAACAGUCAUGCCAGACCGGAGCCCAGGCACCUGCCAGAGAAACAGAAUGGGAUCAGUGCAGUGCGGACGAUGGAGGCCUUUCAUUUUGUCAGCUAUGUGCCCAUCAAAGAUCGCCUGUUCGAGCUUGAUGGUCUUAAGGCUUACCCCAUUGACCAUGGGCCGUGGGGUGAGGAUGAGGAAUGGACUGACAAGGCCCGUCGUGUCAUUAUGGAGAGGAUUGGACUGGCCACUGCUGGCGAGCCGUACCAUGACAUCCGCUUCAACCUCAUGGCAGUGGUGCCUGACCGCAGGAUGAAGUACGAGUCCAAACUGGAAAUUCUAAAGAAGAAUCGACAGAUUGUUCUGGAGGGGCUACAGAAGAUGAUCCGGCUCACUCAGACAGAGGCGGCCAAUGAUAAGAAGCAGCAGGACUCUUCUUCUCCAAGUGAGAAUACCACAACCAUCAAGAAAGAAGCAGAUUUAGGGCCAGACUCGGUGGAUGACACGGGUGUUCAUUCAAAGGAUGCUUCUAGCCCCUCAGGAAACACUAAAAUUAUGGGCAAACCAGCUCUGCCCACCACAGGGGGUCCACAGCACGUCACCAGUCCAAACCCCAUUGUUCAACGGCUGCCUGCCUUCCUUGACAACCACAACUAUGCCAAGUCUCCCAUGCAGGAAGAGGAAGAUCUUGCAGCCGGCGUGGCCCGCUCUCGGAUACAACCCCCUCCCCAGCCUCCCUACUCUGAUGACGAAGAUGAUUAUGACGAGGAUGAGGAAGAGGCGACGGCUUCUGCCAGCACAUCCAGCAGAUUUAGGCGGAAGGCAAGUCUGCGCUCUAGAGCAGGCCGGGUAGGGUCUGGGAUGGAGAGCCAGAUUGCCCUCAAUGUUUUAGCCGAGAAACUGAAGAAGGAGGCUCAGAGGAAAGAUGCUCUAAACACUCCUCUGUCCGUGCGCACCGAAGGCCGCACGGGCGGCGUUUCCAUCACAUCUGCUUCACAGCCCUCCCCCACACCCAGCAACGAAAGCACAGACACUGCCUCUGAGAUUGGCAGUGCCUUCAACUCCCCGCUGCGCUCUCCUGCACGUUCCCAGGCUGCCACGCGCCCAUCAAGUCCAGUAGCAUCCCAUCUGUCGCGUGUGCUGUUCGGAGAAGACGAGAUGCUGCGGCUGGACGCCAGACAUAACCGCGCUGUGAGAGAAGUAGGCCCCUCUGUCAGCGUAGCUCUGCUGCACUUGCAGGAGGAUGGAGUUAUUUAUGCUCUCCCUCCAUCUGGGGAUUUAUCCACUGAAGGCACAAAGCGGCCUUGCACUCCUGAAAAAGCAAAAACAAAGGACUCAACAGAUGAAAAAGACAUAAAAAAAGAGGGAGAUGAGGUACCAUCAUCUGUAGAGGUGAAGAAAGAAGAGGAGAGCAAUGAUGGAGCAGAGGUGAAAGCUGGGAAAGAAAAGCCUAGCGCUACAGAAUCAGCAGACAGCAAACCCACUGGAGAUAAAUACUCACCAAAGGAGCUGCUUGCACUGCUCAAGUGUGUUGAGGCUGACAUAGCCAAUUAUGAGGUGUAUCUAAAGGAGGAGGUAGAGAAGAGAAAGAAAUACAAGAUUGAUGAUCAGAGGAGGACCCACAAUUAUGACGAGUUUAUCUGCACAUUUAUAUCGAUGCUGGCCCAAGAAGGGAUGUUGGCCAGUCUGGUGGAGCAGAACAUUUCUGUGCGCCGCCGGCAGGGAGUGAGUAUCGGCCGCCUGCACAAACAGAGGAAGCCCGAUCGGAGGAAACGCUCUAGACCGUACAAAGCCAAACGUCAGUAAUCACAAACAGAAUGUCUGUGAGUAACAUCUGCGCACCAAGCAAUCACUGCAGAGAAAAAGAAACGCUGCUCCUGAAAUUCAUUCCUAGAGGCGUCGUCGUGUUAUAUUUUAACCAGAGCCUCUUCCAUUUCUUAAGUUGGAUCAUGUGUUUGGCCUUUUUUUAAAGUAUAAUUUCUGUAUAUAUUCUUCCAUUAUAGACUGUACAUCUUUCUCUUGUGCCAUUUAUAUCAAUAGAGUGUAAAUAUUGAAAAAAAGACAUGUCUGUAAUGAUGCAUGUAUACCUUCUUUUUUUAAAGACUCUUUCCAUGGGCCGUAAAAUAGUUAUUUUGUCUAUAUGUAACUGAGCAUUGACUCCAGUAACCAUAAGUCAAUAUUUCCUCAGUGCCAAUGAAGAAUUGAAUGUUGCACAGUUUGAUCAUCAGCAAACUUGUACAAGUUACCAACACCUACUGUACUGAAGGUGGUUCACUGGUUCUGGUUUCCAUCUGGAUAGACUUUCCAAAGGUUAUCUUUUUUUUUUCUCGUGCAUAUGGAUUUGUCUUGAGAUAAAGCAAAUGAAAGCACAUGCUCUUCUUUUAUUUUUGUACCUGAUAUGAAUCUCAAAGUGAGUGACUGUUCAGUUGGAUGUGUACGGCUGUGUGUUUUUGUACAUAUUUAUCUGUCACUUGGCUCACCUGUACACUGGGUUGAGCUGCUCUCUUUGUUUUGUUUUUGUCAGUUCAUUCGAAAAUAAAGUCAGUGAA